AUUAUUGAUACACGUAAACGAAUCACCGGCCUGGGAGAUAAACGAAAGAACCACGAAGACAUGCUGUUUAAGUCUAAUUCUUUAUCCAUAAUUGCAUUUGUGGCAUUGGCGGUGGCCUCCACAUCAGCCGAUAAGGCCACACCUCCUCCCUGUAGGGCCUGUAGUCUGCUUGUAACAUCCUUCAAAGUUGGCCUGGAACGCACGAAGCGCGGACAUGGUGGUGGAGAUACUGCUUGGGAGGAGGAAAAGCUACGUUCCUAUAAAAACAGCGAAGUUCGCCUGGUGGAGAUCCAGGAGCGGCUUUGCUCGGAGGCAGAAGUGGCAAACAAAGACCAUUGCCACAACCUCGCCAACGAGCACGAGGCGUUAAUUGAAGACUGGUUCACACACAAGCAAGCCGAGAGUCCGGACCUACAAUCCUGGCUGUGCGUUGAACAGUUAAGCGUGUGCUGUCCGUCCAACACCUAUGGACCAAGCUGUCUGCCCUGCAGCGAUUGCAGUGGUAACGGCAAGUGCAAAGGAGCCGGAACGCGAAAGGGCAACGGUAAAUGUUUAUGCGACGUUGGCUAUGCGGGAUCGAAUUGCAAAGAGUGUGCCCGUCAGUACUAUGAAUCAUUCCGGGACGAAAACAAGCUCUUGUGCACACAGUGCCAUACUGCGUGUGGCGAUGGCGGUUGCACUGGGUCUGGUCCCAAGAGCUGCCGGAAAUGCAAGGAUGGCUGGAGCAUGGAUUCGGAAGCAGGAUGCGUGGAUGUCAAUGAAUGCCUGGAACAGCAGCGUCCGAACGCUUGCCGUGCCCAGCAGUUCUGUGUGAACAACGAAGGAUCCUUUACCUGCCUCGAGUGUGAUCGGUCAUGUAAUGGUUGUGAUGGCGAUGGUCCAGACAUGUGCAAGGAGUGUGCGGAUGGCUUUGUGCUCAAAGAUGGUAAAUGUCACGUCAUCAGCGACUCGGAAACGCUGCUCAGUGAGGAGCCAACGCACAAAGAGCUGUAGAUGCCACUGUAAUGCAUGCACAUGCACACAAUUCUUAGUCAAUUUUAGUUUUAAUAGGCAGUAGUAAUAUUAUAAAUGAACUAUGAAUUAUAAGCAACACUGAAAGUUUAACUAAAUUAAUAUGAUUUUUGCCAAAGUGAAUUGAGAAAUAUUUUCUGUUUGUUCCACUCAAAGAAAGACUUUUCUUGUUCAAUAUUCGUAUCACAAUUACAUGUUUAUUAUAUAUUUGGUUUCAAACAUUUACAAAAUCACAAAUACAUCUAUAAUAAUAAACUUUGAAGUAUCAAUGAUUAGUUUUGGACUCAAUGCACUUCAAAAUGGCUGUUUUGAAAUGUUCCCCCAGAGAGAAAUGUUGGCAUGGAAUAAAUCUGUUUGGAUUUAUAUCCAACAAACAUAUUACAAGGUUGCAAAAUAUUCUACAAGUUAAUGUACCCAGCCACCAGACACAAAAAUACAUUUAAUAUAAAUUAACUAAAAAA